AUGAUGACUCUGCACGGAGGACUACUGUGGGCGCUUGCUCACAGCUGCUUGUUGGGGUCCUUGCCGAGUUUUGUCGGAGGGCUUGAUAAGAAUCCGGACACUGAUCUGCCGACUCCGGAUUUGGCCUCGAAAUACGGAUACCCUUUGGAGGCUCACAGAGUGGUUACCGAUGACGGUUACAUCCUGGAGAUGCACCGUAUUCCUUUCGGAAGAUGCGAAGAGCGUCGCAACAUCCGAAGUAAUCGUCCACCGGUUCUUCUUCAGCAUGGCUUGGGCGGUAGCUCCGCCGAUUGGGUCCUCACUGGCCCUGACAAGGCUCUCGCCUACAUGUUGGCGGACGAAGGCUAUGACGUCUGGUUGGGCAACAAUCGUGGGAAUAUUUAUUCCCGCCAUCAUCGCAGUGUUCCACCGAGCAACAGAACCUUCUGGGACUUCAGUUACCACGAGCUAGGAAUUUACGAUCUACCGGCGAUGAUAGAUUACGUACUGGAGAGACUCCAUCGAUCCAAACUCUUGUUCAUUGGCCAUUCGCAGGGUACCACGCAAUUUUGGGUAAUGACCUCGGAGAGGCCGGAGUACAACGACAAGAUCUCGUUGGCCGUUGGCCUUGCACCCGCAGCCUUCACCACCAACAUACGGGGCCCUGUUACGACACUCGCACAGCUGACAUACUUUGGUGUGUGGGUUGGGGAGAGAUUCGGCUACCCCGAAUUCGGUUCCCGAUCGCCCUGGGGAAAAUUCGUAUCCAACCUGAUCUGUCAUGGUGGAGCCCCGACCCGAUUUCUCUGCAGUAACGCGCUGUUUCUAGUCGCUGGUUUCAGCGAGGGCGAACUAGACAUGGCGAAUUUGACCGUAAUCAUAGGACAUGUGCCAGCCGGAGCAUCGUGGAAGCAGUUUGUCCACUUUGGUCAGGGCUUUAUCAAUCCAGGGCACUUUAGGGCAUUCGAUUACGGCGAUAACAAUCCCAAAAAUCUGAGACUAUAUAAUUCGAUGGUACCCCCUGACUACCAGCUCGAAAGAAUCAGUGCUCCAGUAGCGCUCUUCAGCAGUGAUAACGACUGGUUGGCAACACCAGAGGAUGUCAGUCGCCUGAGAUCGAAACUGAGCAACGUUGUUAUGGAUUAUAAAGCACCGAAUACAUUCAAUCAUUAUGAUUUCCUCUGGGGUAACUCGGCGCCACAGCUGCUUUUUGAACCUGUCCUCCGAUUGCUGAGUCGAUAUCGAUGA